AUGGUUUUAAGAAGAAAUUUAGAACAAGCCUUAACAGACUUGGAAACUAGAAUUAAGGAAUUAGAACAAAGUAACGAAGGGUUACGUUUACAAUUCAAAAAUUUAGAGGAAAAGUUCAAAGAGCGAGAAGAAGAAACCAAAACCGAACAAGAAACUAUUAAGAAAUUAAAAGAAAAGAUUAAAGAGCGAGAAAAAGAAACUAAAGACAAACAAGAAAUUAUUAAUAAAUUAGAAGAAAAGAUUAUAGAACGAGAAGAUCAUAAACCUUGA